CCGAGCUCUCGCGUCACAAACCUGCACAGUCCGGAACAAGACAGACGCCUCUUGUAGCAGCCGAGCUAGCCGCCUCCAUGUGUGCGCUGCUGUCACAAGGGUGAAGAGUCGGCGAACCCCACCUGAGACGACAUCGCGGGCUUCUCUACCUGAGGAACGCGGCAGGGACGUACACGGACAUGGCGACAUCCAGCUCCUGUGUUGUGAUCAGUGAUGAAGAGCAAGGGUAUGACCUGGACCUUUUCUGCAUACCAAAGCAUUAUGCCACUGACCUGGAGAGGGUCUAUAUCCCACAUGGCCUCAUCUUGGACAGAACAGAGAGACUCGCCAGAGAGAUCAUGAAGGAAAUGGGAGGGCACCACAUUGUGGCCCUCUGUGUGCUCAAAGGGGGCUACAAGUUCUUUGCAGACCUGCUGGACUAUAUCAAGGCCUUGAACAGGAACAGUGACCGCUCCAUUCCAAUGACAGUGGACUUCAUUCGCCUCAAGAGCUAUUGUAAUGACCAGUCGACAGGUGAAAUCAAAGUUAUUGGUGGAGAUGACUUGUCAACAUUGACGGGCAAGAAUGUCUUGAUUGUGGAGGAUAUUAUCGACACAGGGAAGACAAUGAAGACAUUAUUGCAACUCCUCAAACAGUACAACCCCAAAAUGGUUAAAGUAGCAAGUUUGUUGGUGAAGAGAACACCAAGAAGUGUUGGCUACCGACCAGACUUUGUAGGAUUCGAGGUCCCUGACAAAUUUGUGGUGGGAUAUGCGCUAGACUACAACGAGUACUUUAGAGAUCUAAAUCAUAUCUGCGUCAUUAGUGAAACAGGGAAGGAGAAGUACAAGGCAUGAAGAUCACUUCGGAACAAUUUUUAAUGUAUGGUUAUCUUUUCCUUUUGCGGCUCAUUUUAUAUUUUAUGACGUCAUAUUUCUCUCAUAAGAAAUACUUAGCCUGCUCAGGGUCCCUGAGGAUUCACUG